AUGCGGAAGCCGCACGCUCCCACGCAGAUGUCGGAGAUCCAGAAUAUGCCGCUGAAGGCGGCGGAAGUGGCCGGGAAACUGAAGGUACGCAAUACCGCUGCCUGGGCCAACCUGCUGACGUUCAGCUACGCAGCCCUUGGGCAACCAAGAAGUGCCACAGGUACGCGAACGAAAGUGUCUUACCCUAAAAUUAUACGCCAGAAUCUUCGUGGAAACGUCGCCCCUGAAGCAAAUCAAGGCCAGUCCGCUACACGUCAACCGCCCGAUCCGGAGGAUCCCGCACGCCUCCGUAAACGUGUCAGUCGCAAAUUUCAGGACGGGAACAUCUCGGGGGCGGUGCAGCAGUUGAUCAGCCAGGAAACAGUACUGCCACCGUCCCCAGAGACCCUCGUUGCCCUGAACGAAAAACACCCUCCCAACCCCCCGAUCACACACCCGCCCCCGGGAGCCGCACUUCAGUCAGCUCCUGAGAUUACCUCCAAAGAGAUCGUCGACGCUAUUAAAGCUUUCCCUAAUGGAUCUGCAGCAGGUCCCGAUGGCCUGAGGCCACAAUACCUGAAAGAGUUGGUCGGGAUAAAAAACCGUGAAACAGCAAGAAAGCUUGGUGCGUCGCUGGCCAGCGUAACGAACAUCAUGUUGAGGGGAGAAGUGCCCUCGGAAAUCAGGCCCAUGCUCUACGGCGCUUGCCUUUUUGCCUUUAGGAAGAAAGACGGUGGAAUUCGGCCUAUCGCCGUCGGUCUAGCUCUACGCCGCAUCAUGUCCCGCAUUGUGUCGUUCCGCUCACGCCAUUUAUCAGACAUUCUGCAACCAGUUCAGCUAGGUUUUGCGACCAAAGGAGGUGUUGAAGCAGCAGUCCAUGGCGCCAGAUCCUUCAUUGAAGACGGUUUGAAAUGCGACAGGCCCCAGGUAUUCCUCAAAUUAGACGUAAAAAAUGCGUUUAAUUCUCUCGACAGAAACUGCAUCCUUGAAUCCACUAAAGAAUUUCUACCAGACUAUUAUCCAUAUAUAUGGCAGUGUUAUGGCGCGCCGUCUGUGUUGAUCCAUGGUGCUAACCGUAUAUCGUCCCAGGCGGGUAUCCAACAGGGCGACCCCCUCGGCCCGCUACUGUAUUGUCCGUCAACCUUUGGAUCGUAUAAACAUCUUAAAUCCGCUUUCCGUGAAAGCUUUCUGGAUGAUGACGCUCUGGGUGGAGAGCCGGACGAUGUCUUCGACGACUUGUGUACGCUGAAAGAAGACUUGGAAAAACGUGGACUGGUACUAAACAUUGCUAAAUGUGAGCUAGUGGUGGUUGGGGGAAGCGAAGCAGACCGCAACUCGGUUACGGCUGCCUUUCUCCAGUCAUUUCCUGACCUGAAGUGCCCGUCGUUGAAGGAUUUGCAGUACCUUGGCGCACCACUUCAUGAUGAUGCCGUUACCGGGGCGCUCGUCAGUGCAACGGAGGUAGUCGCCCGAAUGACUGAACGUCUGCUAAUUGUACCAGCCCACCAGGCACUCUAUCUACUGCGAUGCAGUAUGGGACCGGUAAGGCUGCUUUACAAACUGCGUACCGGUCGAUGUUACUUGCAGGAACCCUUGCUGGCUGAAUUUGACACCAUGAUACGCGAUAGCCUGUCCAAAAUAACUAACACUGCUAUCACCGACGUUAUCUGGGCGCAGGCGUCACUUCCGAUUUCAAGAGGCGGUUUGGGCAUUAGGAGCAUUGUAAAGCUAGCACUGCCGGCCUUUCUGGCCUCGGCUUAUUCAAUAGCUCCCUUAGCCUGCGCCAUUACGAAUUUCCAGCCGGAGACGUAUUGCAGUGAAGCGACCACCAAAUGGCAGCAGAUGGCGAAUCAAAGCGCGCCACCAUCUGAAGUUCGGGGAGUGCAGAAAGCGUGGGACGAACCUAUCAUAAGGUCACAACUGAGACUGUUGGAGCGGGCUUUUGAAAACGAUAUCGCCAGUCAGGCGCGGAUGCUGGCAGUCAGCACCAAAGAGGCGGGCGCAUGGCUCCAAGCACUACCGGCAGCAUCCCUCGGGAACUUACUAAACGACUCCAGCCUAAGGACGGCUGCAGCGCUGCGCCUUGGUGCACCGGUAUGCACACCACACCAGUGCAUUUGCGGUGACCAAGCGGAUGAGCAUGGAUAUCAUGGUUCAAGUUGCAAGUUCAGUGCCGGACGGAAACCGACCCACGAAAGCCUCAAAGCGGUAAUAAAGCGCGCCUUUGCAUCGGCCGGAAUCGAAACUGAGCUGGAACCUCCCGGAAUCUCCCGUACAGAUGGCAAACGACCAGACGGAGUGACAAUUACCCCGUGGGAAAGAGGAAAGGCGCUGGCCUGGGAUGUAACCUGCCGCAGCACCAUGGCAUUGUCAUACAUCGCAGCCACAUCCACUCAAGCCGGAGCGGCAGCAGCGCUAGCCGAGCGGAGCAAGACCGAGAAAUACCGCAACAUCACCCAGGAUUACUGGUUCAAGCCCCUGGCUUUUGAGACCUACGGAACAUUCGGACCAGAAACCACCCAGCUACUGAACGUGCUAGGAAAGAUGAUCCAGCAGCAGUCAGGCGAACCGCGAGCACUAGAGUUUCUGCGUCAACGGAUCAGCAUCGAAAUACAGCGGGGAAACACAGCAUCUAUAAUGGGAACAGCACCACCGGCGGCGAAUUUAGACGAAAUAUUCUCUGUCAUCCGCCCGCCUGUGUUUGUAGAUGUUGUGUAACUCGCUUGUGUUUUAGUUUCUCACGAUUUACGUAAAAAGUGCGAAAAAUUUUGUUGCUACUGACGCGAAUAAAAAA